AUGUGGACCAAGGUAGAGCUUCUACCACCCACGACGUUGUGGCGAACAUUUAGGGAAACGACACAUUUCGUCCUACAAAAACGGAAAGAGAAGACAUCCAGUGGCCUAUUCGGCCUACUAACCGGUACCGUGGAGUCCAUCUUGGAUGUUUCGGUUCCAAUUUACAGGAUCGCGUUGAAGGAUCCUGAGGGGUCGUACUUUAUGGUUGCAAGUUCAAAUAGCGAAAGAGAGAUUACCAAAUGUUGGAACUAUAUUCAAACAAAAUUAUGCCCACAGUUGUCCGAACUAUCCGAAGAGGAUAUUUUUCCAUUUCUUUACCAAAAAUUCGAGUGCCGUGCAGCGCGCUACGUAGCACUGUACGACAACAACACCUUGCCUUUGAAACGUGCAACUGUUAAGUUGCUUCGAACUUUUGGCUUUCCCCCGAAGGAGAAACUCGUUUACUAUUACUCUUGCUCAUACUUUAGAGGCAGGAUUCCACAGCAGGGAUGGUUAUAUCUCACGUUAAACCACCUUUGCUUCUAUUCCUUUUUGCUGGGGAUCGAGACAAAAUUGUGUGUCCCAUGGAUACAUGUUACCGCUGUCGAACGAAUCCCUAGUCGACUUCCCGGUGGGUUCAUCUACGUAGCGACUGCGGAAAAACAGUACCAUUUCGGCCUAUUCCUUCGUCCUGAUGAGACAUUUGAAAUCAUCCUGCAGUUGGCCAAUUUCGGCGUCCGGCAGCUCCUCACUGAUGACUGUUAUAGCAAUCGGGUGCUUUUUCCGAUAGUCGCUAAGAAACUACUGCCACGCACUUUGUCUCGGCUCAAAGUGGAUUUAGACGCUCAGAUAAGGAGUGAUGCUUAUCGAAAUGUCUUCCAUCUACCUGUAGACGAAGAUCUGGAGAUUGUCGUUUCUUGUGAGCUAUACACUUCCUUCGACAAAAACUCGGUGCCCGGCAAACUGUUCCUCUCAACCCACUUUAUUUGUUUCCUAUCCUCGGAUGAACAACACACCAAGGUGAUCAUUCCGUUGCGCGAGGUACUGCUGGUGGAGUUAACGACCGAUGAGAACGCCACUGUACACAACGGAGUUGUGAUAACAACGAAAGAAACUGUCUUCGUUUUGGCAAACGUUCAGAAACGGGAACAAAUACUGGAAAUUGUUAAUCGUUUCAUGAACUUUCCAUGCAAGUCUUCCAUCACCAGAUCACCUUGUGCGGAUUCGGUGACAUUGCUGUCUCCUACAUCCUCAGCUGCUCCCGCCUCAAGAAAAUCAUUGACUUCAGGAGGAAAUUCCGGGGAUGCUGCCCAGCUACCGUCACCGCUGUUUGUUACAGUCCCUACACCUCUUUCAAAUCCUAAUGAACCGCUCGAUCAAAAGUAUGGUGCUCGUUUUGCCCUCAGAUGCACUACUUUGACAGGCGAAUCAGGUGUUGCAGCCUGCUUGACAGGCUCGUCGAGUUCGGUGAUAGAUAGAGCCGAGGCUGCUCGAAUGAGGGGCUGGGCAGACUACUUCGCCGUGUACGGCUCUGGUAUGACUAUGUAUCGGACCACAUGUCUUCGUUCGCUUGUACUGAAGGGCCUUCCGGUAAAGCUGAGGGGUCGACUGUGGAUGAUCUUAAGUGGCGCAGAAAACGAGUUAUGUGUUCACCCGGGCUACUAUGCAGAGCUUGUACGCCAAACUGAGGGCAGAGUGAAUUUUGUUGUGGAAGAGAUCGAGCGAGAUCUACAUCGAUCAUUGCCCGAGCAUCCAGCCUACCACACAGCGGAAGGUAUCGCCGCUUUGCGCCGCGUUCUCACUACAUAUGCAUACCGAAAUCCCAGUGUGGGCUACUGUCAGUCUAUGAAUAUCGUUGCAAGCAUACUACUUCUGUACUGCUCCGAAGAGGAAGCCUUCUGGUUACUGACCGCCAUCUGUGAGCGCAUGUUGCCUGAUUACUACGACAGUCGCGUCGUUGGAGUGCGCAUCGAUCAAUAUGUUUUGCGAGACUUACUGGCGAAAAAUAUUCCCGAUAUGCCUUCUCUUGCACCUCAGUCAUUGUCCCAUUCACAUUCAAGCAGUGGGAAUUUUCCAGAAUUUUCCGAUCAUUUUUCGGAAGGUCGUCGUUCUCCAGGUGACGGUGGAUUUGGCGGUGGAGAUCUCAUUGAGUCGUUAGUGCCAAUCCCAACUGAUCAUGUGCGACCUCCAUUCCGUCAAAAAGGGGACACUCGCCCAUCUGACGUUGGAUCAGAGCUAAUCAACAUGUUGUCAAUAUCAUGGUUUCUAACUUUGUUCAUAAACACAAUGCCAUUCCGAUGUGCAGUGUACAUACUGGACUGCUUUUUCUACGAUGGUGCCAGAGUGAUUUUCCAAGUGGCUUUGGAAAUUUUGAGACGGCACGCUCAACUCAUCGAGUCUUGCUUGUUGCGGAAUGAAGAGAGUGAAUUACUGCAACGUCUGGGCGCAUUUUUUGCCAGAUUGGGCGUCAGGGCCUCCGAUGACGAACUCGAAGAUACAACUAGCAAUGCAUUCUCGUCAGCUUCAUCUUCUCGAUGGGAGCACCAGAACCUCGGAGCCAAGCCGAAAUUCGUCGACGAAUUCGAACUUCCCAGUGAUCAGUGCCAAUCGGAUUCGCUCUUCAUUGAACCGGUUCAUCGACUCAUAGCGGAAGCAUAUCGGAAUUUCCCCACCAUCACAAAUGAGCUGAUAAACUCCAUGCGAAUGCGCCGCCGUCUUCCAGUUAUACACGCUCUCAGUCGGGCUGCUUGCCGUGAUGUGGUUCGUAGUUUGGAACAGUACGCGAUCAUGCCUCCGAAGGACUUGUUGGAACUGUUUGUUAUCUUUCGGGAAUAUUACAUAACUUCCAGAUUUUACCGUCAACAUCAAGUGCAACCAGCCACUUCCCAUCACCUGGCUUACAAUCCCAACAGGCCAGCGUACGACAUGCAUCGCAUAGACUCUGAACAGUUCACCGAUCUUUUCAAAGGCCUUGUCCCAUGGGCUCAGAAUGAUGUUACGUUAGCUCUGCCUUGCUUCCAUCUUCUGGACCUGGACCGAGAUAAUCUGAUUAAUUUCAAGGACUUCUCUUGGUUGAUGGCAUGUGUUUGUGGCUCGGAUUGGAAGCUGAAGUUGAAACUACUGCAUCAUCUGCACUUGGUAUCCAAUUGGCAAUUUGCCGAUCAACACGUUGCAUCAGAUCAAACACGGGAAUCGACUUCAAGGCCACAGGAAAGCCGCCAUCGAACCAAAACAGUCAACGGAGAUGUCUACGCGUCUGCUUCCACUCUAUCUGUAGCCAGCAGCACGGAUGACACGUUAUCUUCCGAUUCCGAUUUGGACUUAAUGGAACCGGGAAUGGAGGUCACAGAGGAAAUGUUCGUUGCUUACAGUUCUGAUAGCGACAAAGAACCCCCCGCAUCCCCGUUAUCAUCGCAUUUCAUCCCCAACCUUAUUGCUCAAACGGAGCGUCCCGCUUCAACAAAUAACACUGAAAAAACGAAGUGUCAUCCCAUCUCAUCUUCUCCAAUGGUUGGAGUGACUCAAGGUUUCUACUUGAGUUCUGAUGAUUCGGUGCCCCCACUCACCCAGGAGAAUUUUGUCUCCCUCCUCACAACUUUCCACCGUCUUCUGGUCCCCUCAUCUGCUGCUGAGUCUGACCUGGUUGAUGCUGUGGCUCAUCUGAGCAGUCAACUGCAACAGAUCGCAGAAACGAAUCGAGUGCGAGCUAUAUUAUCCGAGGGAAACGAUCAGUCCAUCGAAACCACUACCGCCGCCGCCGUUGUCAAGGAGCGUGGUCGAUUACCGAGCGAAGUGAAACUCACUGACGACCCGUUUUGGCGUAUCAGUUUUAUUGAGCUGAGAGAAGCAUUCAUGAAUCAACCACAAUUGGUCGCAAACUUCUCCACACCUUGUACCAUCAGCUAUCAGUGUGCACAAUUCCGCCAGAGCUUGCAUCGUCGUUUCUGACACUGUUCUCGGUUUCUUUCCUACAUCUGGCCCCACUAACCGAUUUCAGCACAUCAUUGUCCAACAAGUCACACGGAUCAUAUUUGUUUCCAUAUUAUUUCUUAUCCGGCUACUCUCGGUCCGUUGCUGCUGUGCACUGACGUCCAGCUUCUCUAUCGUGUGAUACUUGGCACAGCACUCCACACUUCAUUGAUCAGGAUCCUAAUUUUUAAUCAAUACAAUUAUUUAUGCCAAUC